GCGAGAUACCGGAUAUACGUCACAAUUGUGCGCCGGAAACUAUCUGGAGGUGACGCGGCGGCGGCGGUGGCGAUGGGUUUGUGUAAAUGUCCGAAACGGAAAGUCACCAAUUUGUUCUGUUUCGAGCAUCGAGUGAACGUCUGUGAGCACUGUCUGGUCUCCCGCCACAGCCAGUGUAUUGUCCAGUCCUACCUGCAGUGGCUCCAGGACAGUGACUACAACCCAAACUGCCGGCUCUGCCAUGUCCCGCUCGCCUCCAAAGAGACCAUCCGACUGGUGUGUUACGACCUCUUUCACUGGUCCUGCCUGAAUGAGACAGCAGCUAAACUGCCGAUGAACACUGCGCCGGCCGGUUACCAGUGCCCGAGCUGCUCAGGAGGAAUCUUCCCACCAGCCAAUAUGGUCAGCCCUGUGGCCAAUAUCCUGCAAGAAAAGCUGGCCACUGUCAACUGGGCCCGAGCUGGGUUGGGGCUCCCGCUGAUCGAGGAAUCAGAAACCUCAGUGGCUGCGGAUGUCACUGACUACAGCGACUGGUCCAACUUCAGUGGCCAGGGCAGGGAGGAGGAGUCGGGCUCGGGUUCCAGGCGGGAUUACAGUAACAGCAACACCACCAACAGCCAGACUGUGGUCAACAUGGUCACCCAGGACAGUGAGGCCAUGUCACUAACCUCAGGCAGUACACAGGCGCCCUCGGCCCGGAAGGUAUAUGACACACUGACACGAGGUGGGGAUCGAGCCCCGGUGACACUGAUCGACUUUGAUGAUGACAAAUAUCGGCGCCGCUCGGCCCUCGGCUGGUUCGCUCGGUGGUUCAAGAGCCGCCAGGGCAGCCAGAAGCCCCCGGCCUCCCGGCUGCAGAGAGUGACUGUAAUCCUGGUCCUGGCCGCUCUUGCCUUCCUCACACUCAUUAUCGUCAUGUCCCGGCUCAGCCGCUCGGCCAGCGACAACGACCCCAACUGGGACCUGAUGCAGAACCCACACGUGCAAGUGGGCGCCCAGUGAGGGCGGGGCCCGGGGAGAGGUGGGGCCCAGUGAGGGGGAGGAGUCCAAUGAGGGGCAGACCCCAGUGAGGGAGGGGUCCAGGGAGAGGGUGGGGCCCAGUGAAUGUGGGAGUGGUUGGGUGAGGGGCUCAGUGAGGGGAGGGGCUGAGAGUGGGACUGGUCCACCGUGACUCCCUCCCCCUCUCUGUCCCCAGAGAGAUGAGAUGAGAAUCGCUCCUCGUUUUCUCAGUCUCGCUCGCUCUCUGGCUGUAAAUAGUGUAAAUGGAGACGUGGGGGUGGGUGGGUAAUGGAAUCUGGUUCCCUUGUGUGAGUGAGCGUAGCUAUUACCCUGGUUAGGGUUAGGUGGGUGGGGUCAGUGAGUGGGGAGGGGUGUAUGAGCAGAGCACUAGUGAGGAGACGACUUAAACAGAUAAAUUGCACUUUAAUGUGAUUCACAACGUGUGUGUGAGGCCACUCGGGGGGAUAGGAUCGAGGCUGUGACAGACACAGAGGCAGCCAGGGAGAGGGCAGGGGGUCCUGUUGCCAUCUUGUCCCCCCGCCGCAGAGCAGUGAGGGGAAGGGCUGAGAGUGGGAGCGGUGCGUUGUGUCAGUGCCGGGGGUAUCAAUACUUCUCCUCCCUGAAGUGAAUAACACUAAAUUCAAACCAGAUGCGUCCGACAAAAAUGCAGAAAUUCAGACCUAGACAGAGAGAGAGAACGAGGGAGUCAGUGAGACAGAGAGAGGGAGGGUGGGGAGAGAGAGAAACAAGGAUGUGUGGAGACCCUGACAGACACUUACCCAUAGACACUAGAGACACUUUGGUCAGCCACUGGUUCUCGCACUGCACACAGUACAUGGUGCCCAGCAAAGCCCAGUAAAAGCUCAUCACGUGCGACAGCUGUAAACAAGCACAGACAGUGACCUUGUCUGCGCUCUCACGUGCCCUCGCUCUCCACGCUCAGCGGGAAACGAGGACUGUAGCUCAGUGGUUAGCGCGCUCGCCUCGCAGGCGAGAGGACCCCGGUUCGAUUCCCAAGUAGGGUGAAACCUUAGGGAAGUUUCCUUACUCACACACACGUCUCUGUUUCCCGAGCAGUAAGUAGGAACCCGGUUGUUAUUCGAUCGGUGGAUCGCUAAUAAUCCUUUCAAAAUAAAUUAUAAUUUGGUUGUUCAAUCCACGACUGUGUGGGGGACACUGGCGUGUGCAAUUGGCUGCUGCAUUUCACUCACAAAAUAUACAAUCACUGCACUUCACAGUUGUGAAGCGCUUUGAUAAGUCUCAACGAUGUGAUAAGGCGCAGUAUCAAUUGCAAUUGUUAUAAAUAAAGCAGUUCAGAAGCCAGCAAAGUGAUUCCAGAAACAGCGAUAACGGUGUCUCAGUUCAUUAAAAGAUUCUAAUUCCCGGAUCUGACGUUUAUUUCCUUUCCUCAGUCUGCCUGUUUUUAUAAAUAAUAUAUAAAUAUAAUUCAAUAAAC